GGCUAACUUGAAGCAAAAUAUUAAAAGUAGUUACGGUCACUCAUAAUAGGUGUCACUACGUAUGCAAAAUCUAUUUUCAAGAUAACCUUCAAGUGAUUUUGUCAAUUAUUGAUAACAAGAAUUACUUUUUAUCAACCUUUUAUUUAGUAGUUUAGUAUCGUAUUUAAGCGUGUUUGUCCUCAAAAUGAAUUCUCUAAAUAGAGUGUUAGGUUUAAGUAAAGCUUUACCGAAGAAUUUGAGGUUGAUUUCAACAAGUGCACGAUUAUCGAACGCCGACGAUGGAUGGUUUUCAAAGUUACUGGUGCGGAGGAUAGAGCCGACUAAGGAGUCCCACAGCCGGAUGCUUAGCGACAAGGAGAUAAUAUAUGCGCUCCACACACAUAACAUAAGGCCCGACUCUAUGGACAAAUACUUGCAAAAUUAUAAGACAUCAGUAGAGUUUGUGCACUCUCAUAAGGCGGACCUGGGCUGUGAGCUGGUGGGAUCAUGGACUGUGUCUGUGGGAGACAUGGACCAGGCCCUGCACCUCUGGAGAUACGUGGGUGGCUUCGAGAAGAUUGAUAAAGCAAAGAUCUUAUUCAAAGAGAAUGCUGAUUACCGGGCCCUAGAGCAGGAGCGUGGCAACUUUGUGCGAUCGCGACACUUACAGUACUUACUGGCAUUCUCCUUCUGGCCCAACGGAGAGCCGCGCGAACCUAGCAACAUUUACGAAAUACGAUCCUACAGUUUGAAACCUGGAACUAUGAUUGAGUGGGGUAACAACUGGGCCCGAGGUCUUACAUACCGUCGAUCACAAAAUGAAGCUUUCGCCGGGUACUUCUCGCAAAUCGGAAGGCUGUACAAUGUACAUCACAUUUGGUGCUAUAAAGAUCUGCAAGCCCGACGUGAGACCCGUGAGAGCACAUGGCGCAACCCCGGCUGGGACGAGUGCGUCGCGUACACCGUGCCGCUCAUCCGCGAGAUGCACUGCCGCAUCCUCGAGCCGACACAGUUCUCCCCCACGCAGUAAACCAGCGCAAAGCCAACUGCUUCCGACGGCCGCAUUUAGAUCCUCUACGAACUGCCUUUAUCAAAAAUUUAUUUUUAUAUAGGAAGCUGGGGAAUUAACCCAGAUGAAAGCGAGAUUUUCCUAAAAUUAUGUAAUAAUUUUCGUUUACUUAGGAAAUCAUAAUAUUAUAAUGAAAUAGAUAUCAUACAAAUGAAUUAAUUGUGGCAUUUUGCUUCAAUGUAAUAUUAAACAAAGUGAAUGAAAAUAUAUCCGACGGAUUUUAAAGAUAAUAUCAUGCAUUUUAAGAGAAUGAAAUGGCAACUUAUACUGGAGAUUAAAUUUUUUUUUAAAUGUAGUUUUGGUAAAUACGUCAUAUAAAUCAUCAAAUGUUUGUAUAAUUUUAAGCAAUUUAUUCACGUGAGCACAAUCGAGACUUGGCUGGGGCACUGCCGUGCCCCCAGAUAUUAUAACGUUUUUUUUUAUAUACUUAUAGCCGUUUACUUGUACAAAAAGCAAUACAAUCAUAUUGCUACAGAUACUUUACAUAACAUUGCAAAUGGCAUUAGUUUUGUAGUAUAGAAAUUAGUUUUAUAAAACAUAUGUUUUUUCUUAUUUUUGAUAGCAUUUAUGUAAAACUAAACCAUAAUAUUGCUUAAGGUAAAUAUUAGAAUUAUUCAAAAUUAUCAUCUGAAAAUAAUGUGCUUUUGGUAUCAUUGUUGUAAAGUUGUUUUUGUUUCACAUUAUGUUAAUUCAUAAAUAGAUUUUUUUUAAGUUACCAAACUUUCA